UGUCCGCAGUCUCUGGUCAUCUCCUGUACUGUCCGCAGUCUCUGCAUCCCUGUGCUGUGUCCCCAUCUCUGGUCAUCCCUGUGCUGUGUCCCCAGUCUCUGGUCAUCCUGUGCUGUGCUCCCCAGUCUCUGGUCAUCCCUGUGCUGUGUCCCCAGUCUCUGGUCAUCCCUGUGCCCCCAGUCUCUGGUCAUCUCCUGUGCUUGUCCCCAGUCUCUGCCAUCUCCUGUACUGUGUCCUACUGUACUCUGGUCAUCCCUGUACUUGUCCGCAUCUCUGGUCAUCCCCCACAUGGCAGUCUCUGGUCAUCCCUGUACUGUG